GAGAAAGAGAGAAACCGCAUUUCGUAUCGUUUCCGAGACCCUUCUCGUCUCUCUCUCUCUCCUCAGACUCUCUCUCUCUCUCUCUCUCUCUCUCUCUCUCGCGCUCGCUCGCUCGCUACGCGCAUCGGCCUACGGUGGAUCGCGUCGACGCCGAAUCGGGGAGGGGGGGGAUCUCGCCUAGGGUUGGAAGAUCUCGUCGGAUCGGCCUCUGAUUUCGGUGGAGUAAGCUCCAAUUAGGGUUUUUCGCUGCUUCUCUGGCCGAUUGCGGUGCUGUUUCUGGGAAGUUUCUGUUACGGGUGAGUGAUGUGAGACUCGGAGGUUUGGAGCUGCUUUAGGGGAGCUUGUCGCCCUUAAUUCGUGCUCGAACGUUAAAUUGGUUGGUCUCUGUUGAUGAAAUUGGUGGAAUUUGAGCUCGUGGAUCAGUUAUUUGGCGCUAGGGUUUGCUGUGUCGGUUUGUUAGGGGGUGUGUGAACUUUUGGGGUUCUUUGAGGGUUUGUGUGAUUGGGUAUGUGGGUUUCACUUGUUUGGAUCCUCGGCUCUGUGGGAGUGAGGUUUCUGGAUUUCUGGGGGCGAAGAGAGGUGGAUUAGAAAAAGUCCACUUUAGGGCUAGGUUUCAUUCCUUUGUUCUGGCUCAAGGAAGGUGCUUGAAAUAACUUCUGUUUAGAGUUAACAUUUUUAUUUGGAAAUCUUGGGAAUUUGAUUAGCAUUUAGGGGGUUUUAGUGGAGCAAUGGAAGCUCAACUUGGGGGCGGAAGCAACCAUUUUUACGGCAACGGAGUGCUGGAAAGGAAUGGUAUUGGGAAGAGGAACUUUGAGUGGGACUUGAAUGACUGGAAGUGGGACGGCGAUCUGUUUCUCGCCUCUCCACUGAAUGGUGGAUUGACGGACCGCACGAACAAGCAGCUGAUUACUAAUGCAGCUAAUGGCUUGCCAUCGAAUAGUUCAUCAUCUGGCUCUGAAGAAACUGAUUUGGUAAUUGUAAGACCAGGAUAUGCCGAAUCAGAGAAAAGGAAGAGGACUGUUGAUUUAGAAGAAGCAGAGCCAUCAGAUGGAAAUGGAUCUUUAAGCUUAAAGCUUGGGGGGCACGAGUACCCGACCGUCGAGGCUAAUGGCGAAGACAAAAAUGGAAAGAAGAGCAAGUCGGCGGGAUGUAGUACAAACCGUCCAGUUUGCCAGGUGGAAGGCUGUGGGACCGAUCUUAGUACUUCAAAGGACUAUCAUAGGCGGCACAAGGUCUGUGAGAUGCAUGCCAAGGCUACCACGGCAGUGGUUGGGAAUGCUGUGCAGCGCUUUUGUCAGCAGUGUAGCAGAUUUCAUCACCUUCAAGAAUUUGACGAAGGGAAGAGAAGUUGUCGGCGUCGUUUGGCAGGCCACAAUAGGCGUCGGAGGAAAACCCAUCCUGAUGCUGCUGUUGGUGGGACUACCUCAGACGAAAAGUCUAGCAGCUCUUUACUGAUGAGUCUUUUAAAGAUCCUGACCAAUUUGCAUUCUGAUAGUGCUGAGCCUGCAAAUAAUCAAGACUUAGUGUCUCACUUUUUGAGAAACCUUGCCAAUCUUGCUGGUCUAUUGGAUGCUACAAAACUAGCCGGACUUCUUCAGUCAUCUCAAAGCCUACAAAAACUUGGGAAUAGUGCUGGAACUUCCUCAGAUGUUGCUAAUGCUUUAAUUUUGAAUUCUGCUUCUGCACCAGAAGCUUCUAGAAAACUGGUGUGCUCAGCUUCUGCAGUGGCUUGUGUUUCAGCUGCUCAGGAUCCUUGCAAGUUAAGCGGUGCCUCAGUGCCAUGUGCUAUCCCUACAGAGUGUACACCUGCAAGGGCUGAUACGAUAAGAACUGAACCUACUGUCCACAAAGCUAGGUUAAAAGACUUUGACUUGAAUAGCACGUACGGCGACACACAGGAGUGUGGAGAAGCAUAUGAACAGUCGGUUAAUCCUGCAUACAUUGUAAAUGGUUCUCCUACCGGUCCUUCGUGGUUGCUGCAGGAUUCCAGACAGUUAAGUCCACCGCAGACGAGUGGUACUUCAUAUUCAACAUCUGAGAAAUCGCAAUCUAGUUCCAACGGAGAUGGUCAGUGUCGAACAGAUAGAAUUGUGUUCAAACUCUUCGGCAAAGAUCCUAAUGAUCUUCCUCUUGUUUUACGAGCACAGAUCCUCGACUGGUUAUCCAACAGCCCAACCGACAUUGAGAGCUAUAUUAGGCCCGGUUGUAUUAUUCUAACAGUAUAUCUCCGCCUAACUAACUCUGCUUUGGAGGAGCUUUGCAAUAGUCUAAGCUCCUACCUGGAAAGGCUUUUGAAUAGUUCGGCUAAUGAUUUCUGGAGAUCAGGAUGGAUAUACGCUAGGAUAGAAGACCAAAUAGCAUUUAUCCACAAUGGUCAGAUUUUACUAGAGGCUCCUUUACCUCUCGCAUAUCACGACCAUUGUGAGAUUGCAUGUGUGAGUCCCAUUGCCGUUCCUCAUUCUUCAAAAGUUACCUUUACAGUGAAAGGAUUUAACCUAGCUCGAUCUGCGACCAGGAUACUCUGUUCAUUUGAAGGGAAAUGCUUGGUUGAAGAAACAACAAAACAAUCUGUGCUUGAGGAAACUGAUGAGGAUACGCAGCAAGAAGGACCUGAGUGCUUGAGUUUCUCAUGUUCUUUGCCCGAGUCUAGAGGAAGAGGAUUUAUUGAGGUUGAAGAUGAAACUCUUAGCAAUGCCUUCUUCCCUUUCAUAGUUGCAGAUCAAGAAUUAUGCUCUGAGAUUUGUAUACUCGAGAGUUCAAUCGAUGUGGUAGAUGAUUGUUCUGAAGAAAGAUCAGAUACAGAGAUUGCAAGAAAGCAAGCCCUAUACUUUAUAAAUGAACUCGGGUGGCUUCUUAGAAAGACUAACCUGAGAACAAAGUAUCAGAAAAUGGAAGUUUACCCUGCCCUCUUUCAUCUAAGAAGGUUUCAAUGGCUUAUCUCAUUCGCCAUGGAACACGAUUGGUGUGCCGUUAUUAAGCAGCUUCUGGACAUUUUAUUUAGUGGAACAGUCGAUUUGGACGGAAAGUCUCCUCGAGAGAUUGCUUUAUCUGAAAAUCUACUCCACACUGCUGUUCGAAGGAAUUGCAAAGCCAUGGUGAAAGUUCUCUUGAAGUAUACACCGCCAGUGAAAAAUUCAGAGGAUAAGUUUGAGAAAUUACUCUUUAGACCCGAUGUUGUUGGUCCCUCCAACUUGACUCCGCUUCAUAUCGCAGCUGCCACUAGUGGUGUUGAGGAUGUAUUAGAUGCAUUGACCGAUGAUCCUGAUAUGCGCGGAAUCACAGCAUGGAAAAGUGCACGAGACAACAAUGGCUUUACGCCCGAAGAUUAUGCUCGCGUUCAAGGCCAUGAAUCUUACCUCCAUCUGGUCCGAAAGAAGACUGAUCGCGAACUCGACAAAGGCCACGUGGUCAUCGGCAUUCCCGGCAACCUGUGCGCCAAGUUCGCCAACGAUCCACGACCCGUAAACUCUAGCUUCGAGAUAAGCAAGAACAAACUAGCAAGCUCGGCGCCAGCCCCGUACUGCAACCGAUGCAGCAUGCAGAUGGCGCACCGGAGCUUGGGCACGCGGACUUUGCUGUACCGACCCUUGAUUCUCAGUAUGGUGGGCAUCGCGGCGGUGUGCGUCUGCGUGGGCCUACUGUUUAAGUCUCCCCCGACCGUCCUCUACGUGUUCCCUUCGUUCAGGUGGGAGCUUUUAACGUAUGGCUCGAUGUAAGCUGUCGAAUUAUUGUUAAGUACUUCUUUUUUUCUUUUUUUCCUUUAUUUUUUUUGGUUUUAAGCUGUUAACAAUUGUUGAAUAUACUGUUUGUUGCCCCUUAUAUCACAUUGAAGCAGAAUCUUGAAUCCGCUUAUUAUUUGUUCUAAUUUGUUCAGCCAUUAUACUGAAACUACUUAAAAAGUUCCAUUUGUUUCUCCCCCUCAAAUUCAACUUGUCAUUGGAAAUUCUUAAUGUUGGUUUUGUAAGAGUAUUAAAACUGA